AUGACUGUCGUCAAUUAACAUUAACUUUAAGUGAGAAAGCCAUCUGAUGCUGCUCAAGAAUUGCUCCGAUCACCUCCAACAACGAGUGUAACACCAUAGAUUGCAUCAGACAGACCGCCUUAAAGUGAAAUGUAGGAUUUGCUUCUAAUUAAGGAGGAACCUAGUAACAUAGAGUAGUCUGUGCAAAUUAGUGACCGUUGUAAGGGAGCUCAUUAAGGUCAAAAAAAUAAUUUAAGUUAAUAAAGCAUAUUAAUUGAUGAAAAACCUUAGCAUUCUUAUAGUGAUGUUCAAUGGAGUAGGUUAAUGUCACUAAAAACCGUAAAUACUCAUCCAUCGUUUCAACUAAACAUUUUAGGUGAUAAGGCUGCUGUUUUUGAUCAGAGCAAUUCUCUUAAAAAGUGUUUCCAUCCAAAGAAAUAAAAUCUAUAUUAUCAUACUAGUGAUAUUAUAUAUUGUCUGUAUUUAUGUUUCUUUAUUACUUAAUUGUUGAUUAAUUUACAAGAUAGCUUUAAAGGAUAGCAUAUUUAUUAGAUUUUAUUAAUUAUCUUUUAAGUAAUACAUGCACUCAAUCAAAUUAUAUUUGAAUAAUACGAAAAUGGUGAAAUAAUUAAUAGCAUUCAAUAAUUAAUACAAAAUUAUUUAAAAAAAUAAUCAAUUUUUGAUAUAAUCACCUCAAUUCCUGUAAUUUUUGCCUUAUCAUUCGAGGAGAUGCAUUUCAUAUAGCUUUUGCACAUAAUUAGACUAUGGAAACUAAGAUAGUAAGUGAUAGGUUUCGAAUUAAUAUAUGGCAAACUAGUCUAAUAUACAUAUUAUAUAUUGGAAUUUCACUUUGUCUAAUUUAUCGCACUGACUAUUCUUUAAUUUAAUCAUAAUAGACAAUUAAACUUUUAUGAUGAAUUCAUUGUGUUGUUCUACAAGUCCAAUGAAAGCAAUGCAAUAACUUACCUUAUAAGAUUGCUCAUUCUAAUAUAUUAUUGCUAUUGUAUUUUUAGAUUCACUCUCAAAGAAAGUCUAGAUGUACAUAAACUAUCAUUAUCCUAUGAUACAAAGCAAUAAAUAAAGGCUUACAUUAAUAAAUUGAACUCACAAUAAUCUGAGGAUAUGAAUUUUUUAUCUCAUUUGCCAUAGAAAUAUGUAGACGAUGUAAAAUUUUAGCGUUACUUUCAUUUGCUCUAAAAAAUGCCUAUAUUUAAAUGUUCCUUCUCAGAAAGCACUUUGAGAUAGAUUUGCAGUUUGAUUCAAGAGUACACUUAUAUACCAAAUCAAAUAGUGUUGAUGUAAUAAACAUCUAACUAGCAUUUGUUCAUGAUCUUGUCAGGGGAAGUGCAAAUAUCUUAGAAGAAGGAAGGAUCUUCUAAUUCUGACUUCAAAAUUAAGAUAAUUGGGAAGGAUUCAAUCUUUAAUAAUUAGGCAUUUUUCAAAAAUACUUACUCCAAUAUUAAUGCAACUUCUAUAGGAUAUUCUUAAAUUGCUCAAUUGGAUUUAGAAUCAUUUUUAGAUUGUAUUAAAUCUCAUUAUUAGGAGAGAUAAAAAUACAAGAUGAUGGUUGAUUAAAUAGUACUUUAUGAGGUUUAUAGUUUAUGUUAGUUGUGUUGCUAUGUAUGUGGUAAGUUUCAUGAUAUCGAUGAAUGUGAUCAUGUACAUUAUGUUCCAAAAAAACAAAUAUUGGUUUAAUACAUCUAAUCAAACGAUUAAUAAAUUCGUAGAAAUUAUUUCAGACCUAAAACUAGACAAAAAUAAAAUCGGUUAAAAUCUUACAUCCUUAAAAUUGAAGAGGCGGCACUUCAAUAUUAACAAUAAAAUUUUGAGUCAGAUAACACUGAUGAAAACAAAAAAUACUAAGAUGAGGUCAUCAGUAUCCAAUAACCUUAUUUAGGAGAAAUGAGUCAUCCAUAUUCAGAAAGAUAGAGUUCUCUAUAAUAAUCAUAAUAGACUCCAAAGAGAGGAUCGUAAAAUUCAAUGCGAGACUCAUUGCACUCUCUGUAAUAACAAUAAUAAUAAUAAUAACAUUAAUUGAUGGAUAUUCCAAACAUUAGUCCAGUUCAGUAUAUUCAAUAACCACCAAGUGGAAUAUCUCACAGCUCGUAUGGUUAAUUAUUUAAGGAUGUUUCAAUUAACAGAAAGAAUUUUAAUGGGUCUUCAGAUAAAAAUUCUAGUGGUAAUGUGUUUUCUUUACCUUACAGCAGCAAUGGCAGCAAAAAUACUCCUAAUAACAUGAUUUCAAAAUAAGAGAAAGAUGAAUUGAUCAGUAUUUAAAUGAAAAAAGCCAAGCUGCAAGACAGUGUAUAUUAUCACUAGAAGAGAAUACAGAAUCAAAUGGAUAAUUGCAGUUAAAAUACUCAUUCUAAAUACUAAAAAUAUCACACGACUCAACCACAAUAGUAAUAGACCAAAACUAUUCGUUCUGAUAGGAAAUCGAAUUCUUGCAUUUCUGAAUCUGAGAAAGGGGAAUAUCAAGUACAAUAGCAACAGGAAGUGCAACCGUCCAGAUAUGGUAUUCAAUCAUCCAAGUUUACAGGAGAAACAGCUAAAUAAUUUAUGAGAAACCCUUUGGAAAUGCCUAAUCUUGAAUUUUACCAGUCUUUUGAGAAGAGUAAUCAAUUCAGCGAUUACUUCCCUCAGCAUAAUAUAGAUCAAGCAAUCGAGAGCUACAAACAAUAUUAACAAUCUAGAUCGAGUGCACAUAAAUGA